CUUUUUUCAUCUCCCCAUCAAAUCUAGUCACUCCUCCCCCUUUCUCCUUCUUUGUCUCUAAAUUUUCUCCAGAGACCUCCAGUUUUUGAACACCACACAGUUCUUACCUCCUGGCCCUCCGCAUAACAAAGAAGCACAGAAGCCAUGUUUUCUCUCCAUAUAUCCAUCUUGGCUGCUCUGGUCAACCUAGCAUUGUGCCAGUAUUACGACUAUGGUGACUACCAGCCAGUUUCUAUGCUUGGGCCAUCAGGCCCAAACUGUGAUAAAGAAUGUGAUUGCCCAAUCAAUUUUCCAAGUGCCAUGUAUUGUGAUAGCCGCAAGCUGAAGUUUGUCCCCGUAGUUCCAACUGGGAUCAAAUACCUUUAUCUACAGGACAACAUGAUCGAGGAGAUCAAGUCAGGAGUGUUUGACAACGUCACCGAUACCCUGCGCUGGCUGGUACUUGACAACAAUAAAUUAACCAAUGCAAAGAUAGAAAAGGGCACAAUUGACAAACUUACAGCACUGGAGAAGUUCUUCUUCAGCUUUAAUGAGAUCACAGAGCCAAUCAUUCCUCCGUCAAAGUCCCUGGAAGAGCUGAAGAUGAUGAACAACAAGCUAUCCAAGUUUCCCUCUGGACUCCUGACUGACAAGGAGAAUCUGACCUCCGUUAGCCUUCAGCACAACGAGCUAACGUCUGAAGCCAUUGGGGAUGCGUUUAAAGGGCCAAAGAAGCUGCUGUCUCUGGAUGUGAGCCACAACAAGCUGAAGAAGCUGCCAACAGGAAUCCCCGCCUCAGUGGAAAUUCUCUACGCUGAUUACAAUGAAAUUGAUAAAGUCGGAGCGGGAUUCUUGAAAAAGCUGCCCUCGCUUCAGUACCUGAGACUCUCCCACAACAAACUGCAGGAUUCCAGUAUCCCAUCUGGAGUGUUCAAUGUGACUUCACUGGUGGAGCUGGACUUGUCGUUCAACAAACUGCAGUCAAUCCCUGAAGUCAACGAGCAACUUGAGCAACUUUACCUGCAGGCCAAUGAGAUCAACAAGUUUGACUUGUCAAGUUUCUGCAAGUUCACUGGACCACUCAACUAUUCACGUCUCAAGCACCUGCGUCUGGAUGCGAACAACGUCACGUACCACAGCAUGCCCCCCGAGUCCGCCAACUGCCUGCGCCAAGCUUCGGACAUCAUGUUCGAAUAAGGAUCGGUGAUCUCGCUUCACACUGCCGUGGAAACGCUCAGAGCUGACGUGUUUGUGCACUUCUGACACAAGUAUUAUGCAUAUAUGUAAAACUAUUCAUGUGGAUCAUGUUAAUGUGUACUAAGCUUGAACAUAGGAAGGUCAAGAAGCAUUCCAAAUAUUUGUAAUAUCUGAAGGUCUGAUUGAUUCAUGUAGUUAAGUAGAUGUAGAUAAAUAAUAUUUUAGACUAAAAAACACACGAGCUGGUAUAUCCUUGGUUAUAUGAAUAGAAAAUGCAUGCAUUGGUUUCAAAAACACACUUCAAACAUUCCAAAGUGGCAUUUGUGCACAAUGAAUAUAGAAAAUGGGUAAAUAAUUUGUGUUGCAUUCGUUGUUGUUAUUCUGUUUCAUGUUUUAAUGUGUUGCAUGCAUGUUGGCUGUGUUUCUAAUUGUGUGCAAAAGACCAGCAGAAGAGGACUGCAGACUUCAGUAUUGUGAGCAGAGCUAAAAUGGUCGAGCAGAUACAUAGCAGUUAUAUUUUCAACAUCUUGAAUGUAUCACAGUAGAAAAUAGUCGUGUUGUGAACUCAUGUCUGCCUGCUUUGAAUUUAAUCUCUUUUAACAUUAACUGCUUGGUGUCUGGAUGACUUUUUUUUACUAAAUAGGAAACGCCCAUUGUUCAGUACAAGAACUUUCUUUUUUUAUAAUAAAUAAAAAACAUUUGUAUUAUGCUUGAAGUUGCAUGCUAUACUUAAGGAAAGAGGUGUGCAGAAGGUUUUUACACUUAGCUCAAUUGCUUAUUCAUAAGUUAAAGCUUUUGGCAGUUAUAGUGCUUUAAUUGUAACUCUGUUUGGCGACUUCUUUGUGCUAGCAAUAUAUCAGCGUGUAUUCACAUUAGUUCCUUGCAUUUAGUUUAGGUUCUUUAUAUUUCAGGCCACUGACUCAGUUUAUGAUUAGCUGUGAGAACAGUACAUCUGGCGCUCGCCAUCGUUGUGGCACCAUCCUGCACACUUUAGAUGUUUCCCUCUUUCAACACACCUGAUUCAAAUGAAGGGGUCAUUAACAGGCUUCUGCACAACUUCCCCUGAGGAGGUAAUUAAUGAAGCAUGUGAAUCAGGUGUACUGAAUUGGGCAAGUUUUUCUAAAAAAAUUGCAGGAUACUUGCAUCUGAGGACUAGAUUUGGUGACUUAUUAUCACUUUUGAUCCUUUUGUGAUUUCUGAUGCUCAUGAAAACCCUAUAAUGAAUCUUUUAUUUGUAAAACAUGCUUUAUAAAGCAUUUGAUUUCUAAAAA